AUGAUCAAUGGCACCUGCAUCGAUCCUCCACUUUAAUCAAAUUUUGAUGCAACCAGAUACUCAGGAAGAUGGUUUGAAAUAUACAGAGACAAUGGGCAAUAAGCUGAGAAUGGUUAUGAUUGCCAGAAUGCUCUAUACACCCUUAGACAAGAAGGUGGCUUAGAAGUAAGGAACUCAAUGUUCAGCCUCACUAAAGGUGACUUCCAAAGUAUUGAGGGAAACGCUACUUGCAAGGGUGCAUAAUGUGACGUUGUCUUCUUUGGCCAUGAGGGAGAUUACAGAGUCAUAGAAACUGACUAUGAAAACUACUCAUUAGUCUACUCCUGUGAGCAAUUCUCUAAAGAAGUAAAGUUCGAGGCUGCAUGGAUUCUUUCAAGAACUCCUAUCAUGGCUCAAGAGACUUAAGACAAAUUGACCAACCUACUUUAGACUCAAGUCCCAGACUACGAUCUCACCUUCUUAGUUUAACCUAAUUAAGGUGCAUAGUGCAAGUAUGAACCAGCCAAUCACUCUCCAGAAUAUCUCUUCCUUCAAUGA